AUGGUGUGGAAUGUGCAAGGAGCGGGGAAUAAAUUAGCAACCAUUACGGAGCUAAUUAGAAUUAAUGACCCGGAAGUUUUAGCUUUGGUGGAAACUCAUUUAAGUGGAGAGCAAGCACAUAAAGUGUGUGACAGAAUUGGUUUUUGGGGCCAAACAAGAGUGGACGCUCAAGGAUUUAGUGGAGGCAUAUGGUUGUUUUGGAGAGAGGAAUUAGUGUCGGUUACGAUACUUGACAAUCAUACCCAACAUAUCACUGUCGAGAUUGAAAAAAGGGGGGAAGAUCCAUGGAUUUUUUCUGCUAUAUAUGCUAAUCCGGAUUCAACUUUGAGAAAGGAACUUUGGAAUGAACUUUGGAAUCAUACCGGAGACUUUAAUGACGCAGUGAAUCUAGAAGAGCGACAUGGUGUGGGAGGCUCAGAGAUAGGUUUGAGUCCGAAUUCCUUUAAAUCUGCUCGACUUGACAGAGGGUUGGUGAAUGAAGAUUGGCGACUGAGAUUUGUUGAAGGAGCUGUAAGGAGCCUUCCAAGGUUAACAUCAGAUCACUGUCCUAUUCUGAUAAGCACUAAUGGUUUUGCCCCAAUUCCGAAUCUUUGA